GAGCCGUAGGGGAAAAUGGAGCUCAAUGUGCCGUGCGUUACUGACAGACGUACAAACGUCUCCCAAACGCCACACGGUCCUGAGGGGUAGCUGUACGGUACAAGGGUCCUACUGAGUUACCGCGCCCGGAGGCUCUCGGCAGGCUGCGCGGCUGCUCGUUGGCUACUUAGGACGGAAGCUCGGUGGGUGAUUCUCCAGAAGUUUCCCCCUUGGGCGGCGGCGGCGGCGGCGGCGCUGGUAACCCCGGGAAGAGCAGCUCCGGCAGCGGGAACCGUGACGAUUAGAGAUGGCGGCGGCGGCGGCGGGUCCUGCGGCUGCCGCGAGGUUGUUCCGGAGCUUCUCAGAUUCCCUCAUCGAGCAGGACCCCCAGGCGGCGUUAGAGGAGCUGACUAAGGCUUUGGAGCAGAAACCAGAUGAUGCACAGUAUUACUGUCAAAGAGCUUAUUGUCACAUUCUUCUUGGAAAUUACAGUGAUGCUGUUGCUGACGCAAAAAAAUCCCUUGAACUUAAUCCAAAUAGUUCCACUGCUCUGCUGAGAAAGGGGAUAUGUGAAUACCAUGAAAAAAACUAUGCUGCUGCUCUAGAAACUUUUACAGAAGGACAGAAAUUAAAUAGUGCAGAUGCUGAUUUCCUUGCUUGGAUUAAAAGGUGUCAAGAAGCUCAGAAUGGAUCACAGCCUGAGGUGUCUGCAUCCCAGAGGACUCAUCAGUCAAAAAUCAAGUAUGACUGGUAUCAAACAGAAUCUCAAGUAAUCAUUACACUUAUGAUCAAGAAUGUUCAGAAGAAGGAUGUAAAUGUGGAAUUUUCAGAAAAAGAGUUGUCUGCUUUGGUGAAACUUCCUUCUGGAGAGGAUUACAGUUUGAAACUGAGACUUCUUCAUCCUAUAAUACCAGAGCAGAGCACGUUUAAAGUACUUUCAACAAAGAUUGAAAUUAAAAUGAAAAAGCCAGAGGCUGUCAGAUGGGAAAAGCUAGAGGGGCAAGGAGAUGUGCCUAACCCCAAACCAUUCAUAGCAGAUGUAAAAAACCUAUAUCCAUCAUCAUCUCAUUAUACAAGAAAUUGGGAUAAAUUGGUUGGUGAGAUCAAAGAAGAAGAAAAGAAUGAGAAGUUGGAGGGAGAUGCAGCUUUAAACAAAUUAUUUCAGCAGAUCUAUUCAGAUGGCUCUGAUGAAGUGAAACGUGCCAUGAACAAAUCAUUUAUGGAGUCUGGUGGUACAGUUUUGAGUACCAACUGGUCUGAUGUAGGUAAAAGGAAAGUUGAAAUCAAUCCUCCUGAUGAUAUGGAAUGGAAAAAGUACUAAAUAAAUUAAUUUGUUAUCACUGUA